AUGGGCUGCCUUCUUUCGAAAGAGGAUAGAGAAGCGUUGGAGCAGAGUCGGAAUAUUGAUAAAAAACUCAAAGAGGAUGGUAUGCAAGCUGCUAAGGACGUUAAAUUGCUCUUACUGGGUGCUGGCGAAUCCGGAAAGAGUACAAUUGUCAAGCAAAUGAGAAUUAUCCACGAAGGUGGUUUCACACAAGAAGACAACAAGCAAUUCAAGCCAGUUGUCUACAGCAAUACCAUUCAAUCGAUUGCAGCCAUUCUACGGGCCAUGAAUACUUUGGGGAUUCCCUAUGCAAACCCCAAGCAAUGCAACGAGGACGCAAGGGUUGUCAACGAGGUGAUCCAAUCAAUGCACGACACAGAGCCCUUCUCCGAUGAAUUGUUACAGGCCAUGAAACGUCUCUGGGCCGAUCCUGGUGUCCAACAGUGCUUCCAACGAUCCAAUGAAUACCAACUCAACGAUUCCGCCAAAUAUUUCUUGGAAGACCUGGAUCGUUUGGGAGCAAAGGACUACCAGCCGUCUGAGCAGGACAUUCUUCGGACUCGUGUCAAGACCACUGGUAUUGUUGAAGUGCACUUCCAGUUCAAGAACAUGAAUUUCAAGCUCUUUGACGUGGGUGGUCAGCGCUCGGAGCGAAAGAAGUGGAUUCACUGUUUCGAGGAUGUGACAGCGAUCAUUUUCUGCGUCGCCAUGAGUGAAUAUGACCAGGUACUUCACGAGGAUGAGACCACCAAUCGAAUGCAGGAGUCCCUCAAACUCUUCGAUUCCAUUUGCAAUAACAAGUGGUUCACCGACACCAGCAUCAUUCUCUUCCUCAACAAGAAGGAUCUCUUUGCUGAGAAAAUCAAACGCUCGCCUCUCACUGUCUGCUUCCCAGAGUAUCCU